AUGUUAGCUCUAGGGCAGAUGGAUGGCACUAGGCAGAGCGCUUUUCUCCUCAGCAGCCCCCCCUUGGCAGCUCUACAUAGCAUGGCUGAGAUGAAUACCCCUCUGUACCCAGCCUAUGCCCUCCCCAGCCAGCCCUGUUCCUCCUCCAUAUCUUCUUCAUCCUCACCUUCAUCCUCCUCCUCACCAUCUCCUCCUUUGGGGUCUCCAACUCAGGUGUCCCUGAAACAUUCCUCGUCCUCCUCUCCACCAGCUGCAGGAGGACUGUCCUCCCUGGGGACACCUCCACCCCAUAUCUCAGCGGCUACCCCCCAUGGAAUCAAUGACAUCCUGAGCCGACCGGUGAUGCACUGCCUGCCCUCCCUGACUGGGGCAGCCCUGACUCCCAGCACCUCGGUGUCCCCGGCCUCCACCUCCUCCCCAGCUGCUGGCCUCCUGGCAGGGCUUCCCCGCUUCAGCAGCCUCAGUCCCCCCCCACCUCCCCAUCCUGGACUCUACUUCAGCCCCAGUGCUGCUGUGGCCGUGGCCCGGUACCCCAAGCCUCUGGCGGAUCUUCAAGGCAGGACCCCCCUCUUCUGGCCUGGAGUGAUGCAGAGUUCUCCCUGGAGAGACGCCCGACUGGCCUGUGCUGCACACCAGGGCUCGGUGCUGCUGGACAAGGACGGGAAGAGGAAGCACACCCGGCCCACCUUCUCCGGGCAGCAGAUCUUUGCCUUGGAAAAGACCUUCGAGCAGACCAAGUACUUAGCGGGCCCGGAGAGGGCCAGGCUGGCAUAUUCCCUGGGCAUGACCGAGAGCCAGGUGAAGGUGUGGUUUCAGAACAGAAGGACAAAGUGGCGCAAGAAGCAUGCUGCAGAGAUGGCCACAGCAAAGAAGAAGCAGGACACCGAGACUGAGAGACUGAAAGGGGCUUCAGAUAACGAAGAUGAGGAUGAUGACUACAACAAACCGCUGGACCCUAACUCAGAUGAUGAGAAGAUCACCCAGCUCCUGAAGAAACACAAGUCUAACAGCUCAUUGCUUCACCAACAGUCUGAGAAUGACAGCUCUUCUUAG